GGAGCACUGCUGUUUAGUUGAUACUUUUGGAGCAAUAUGAAUCGCAGAAUGCAGGCUGGUGGUAAUUCACCCAUGGGGCACCCCCCAGGUCCCCCUCAGGUUGUGCCAAUGUCAAAGGUUGAGCUGUCGGUGUCAGCCAAGGAUCUGAAAAAUAAGGAUGUGAUGAGCAAAAGUGAUCCCGUCUGUGUGAUCUACAUGAAGGAGACUGGACAGGACAGAUUUUACGAAAUUGGCCGCACUGAGAUGGUCAAGGAUUCCCUUAGCCCCCAGUGGAUGCGCAAGUUUGAGGUUGAUUAUCGGUUUGAGGAGAGACAGGUCCUUCGAUUUGCAGUAUUUGAUUGGGAUAACAAGAGCACAAAAACAGAAAGUCAGGACUCACUAGGGACUGUUGAAUGCUCCUUGGGGGAAAUUAUGUCUAGUCAAGGCUCUCAGCUAAGCAAGCCAGUCCAGGGUGGAAGUGGAGUUUUACUUAUUCAAGGUGAUGAAAUGUCAGCUUCCAAAGAAGUUGUGACGAUGAACUUCGCCGGCUCUGGCCUUGACAAGAAGGAUACCUUUGGAAAGAGCGACCCAUUCCUUAUCUUUUACCGCUGCAAUGACAACAGCUCUUAUCUCCCUGUCCAUAAAACGGAGUACAUCAAGAAGACGCUGGAUCCGGUCUGGAAACCAAUCAUAGUACCUGCGAGGAUUCUCUGUGCUGGGGACCAGAAUCGGAGCAUCAAGAUUGAAUGCUACGACUGGGACUCAGAUGGAAGUCAUGACCUGAUUGGUGAAUGUUACACCAACCUAGCCAGACUUCAGGAAGGUCCUGGGACCAGCAAUGCGUACCAGCUGAUCAAUCCCAAGAAAAAGGCAAAGAAGUCAUCAUAUAAGGACUCUGGAAAGCUGAUUCUGAACUCAAUAACAUGCCACGUGGAGCCAACCUUCCUGGACUACAUCCGUGGUGGAACUCAGAUCCACUUCACAGUUGCAGUAGAUUUUACAGCUUCCAAUGGUGAUCCUCGCACUCAAGGGUCUCUCCACUAUCGCCAGGCAGGAGUGGAUAACCAGUAUUCUCUGGCAAUCAAGUCUGUUGGAGAGAUCAUUCAGGACUAUGAUUCAGAUAAAAUGUUCCCUGGCCUUGGCUUUGGUGGCCGUAUUCCUCCUAACUGGCAAGUGAGUCAUGAGUUCUUCCUGAAUGGUAGUGCAGACAACCCUUAUUGCCAGGGUGUGGAAGGGAUUCUGCAGGCUUAUUACCACUCAUUGCAGACAGUUGGUCUGUAUGGCCCUACCAACUUCUCCCCGGUGAUCAAUCAUGUGGCUCAGUUUGCAAAAAGUCACCAAGAUGGGAACAAUUAUUUUGUUCUUUUGAUAAUCACUGAUGGCAUCAUCACUGAUCUGCCAGAUACUCGCAAGGCUUUAGUUGCGGCCUCUAGCCUGCCCAUGUCAGUGAUCAUUGUUGGUGUGGGUAACGAAGACUUCUCCGCAAUGGAGCAGCUGGACGGUGAUGAGCAGAGACUUAGCUUUGGUGGGAGAUAUGCAGAGAGAGAUAUUGUCCAGUUCGUAGAACUCCGAAAGUUCCUGUCAGGUAACCAGGAACUAGCCAAGGCUUCACUAGCUCAAGAAGUACUGCGUGAAAUCCCAUCUCAGUUCCUGGCCUUUAUGCGCAAGCUUCACUCUGUCAAAUAAAGAACCCUAAAUCCUGUUCAGAAUACCACAUUCCAGAAUGUUCAGUUUCUGUAUCUCCACCUGCAUUAUUUGUUGUGCAUCUCUGCUGUUUUCAUUUUGUUACGUUUCAUUUGCCUUUUGUCCCUUGUCUUAGUUUGUGUGAUCCUUUCCAUCCUUUUUCUUAUUUUGAUAUAAUACCUCAUCUCUCCCCUUGAAAUAAAAGGAUUCUUGUGAAUGAUAACAGGAGGAUAACUCAGCUUGGUUUCACUUGUUACUCUGUUAGUGCUGUUUGUCUAUUUGUGUUGGGGGAAUGAUGAGUAUAUUUUUUUUUUACAAGUUCUUGUCUUGUUACUAGUACUAAUAUUCAGAAGACAUUUUCUCAAGGUUUUUCUUGUAUGGCUCAAAUCCCCCUCCAUAAUGCAAGAAGUCUAAAGGUACGUUUUACUAACACAUAAUGAUACAUGAUGGCUGAACUAGUGUUGCCUUGUGAACUCAGACGGAAAAUUUGAUUAUACAAUCAUCACACACUGCAGACUUUGAAAAUCAUAAUAACAUUGAAAAAUUAUAUUUAAGAUAAGGUUGGAUAGCACUUGUGGAAAAAAAAAUCUACAUUUUGGUGCUUGCAAGAUAUGCUGUAUUUAAGUUCAUGCAAACUCUAUGUCAAACAUACUUGUGUUCAUGUAUUUCUUUUGACAAAUAUUUUGUCCAGUGUUUUUGAAGUGAGUAAUUAUUUUGUGUUAACCUGAAGUUCAACUAUUUGAAAGAAGAUUGCAUAUGUGAGUUUGUAAAAAAAAAAAAAAAAAGAUGUACAGUAGAAUACUGUACUUUUUGUAGUAUAAUUUUUUAAGUGGCAUUUUAUUUACAACAGUAUUAAUCCAAAAGGAAGAAAAUGCUUAGGUGUAGACAGGAAGGAAAUCUAUGGUACCAUAAUCAAGGAACCCUGCCAUAGUAUAUGAAUAUAAACUACAUGUGCAUGUGAAUAUACAACUGUACCUAUUUCACAGAUAAAUUCAUCUGAUAAACUUUCCGAUUUAACAUUACCUGAGGGAUUCUUUUAUGACUUUUGGCUAUAGUUACACCCAUACCCAUAUCGAACACACUGCACCUCCACUACAUACAUACCCAUAUACCCUAAACCCCUCCUCCUCCACCCACACACACACUGCAUUUAUGCAUAAGGCAUUGGGUGAAGUGCCAUUAUUUGCCAUUAACUGACAAGGAUCUUUCCUAACAUUUUGUAAUAUGUAAUGAUAAAUUAGAUUCCUGUA